AUGUCGGCAGUUGCACAGGCCAUGAAUGCUUUCCGCCCGACGCCAGAGAGUAUCCCUCCGCAGAACGUGAGCUACAGGGUCAUCCUGCCGAAGGACAUCCCCGUCCAUAUUCAGCCUCUGAAUCCCGUCAGCUUCGUGCUCCGUGCGGCUCAGAUAUACCCAGACAAGCUCGCCCUGGCAAAUCCUGACGUGCCCCACCCAGUCUUCUACUCGUACUCUGUGUGGGCCCAGCGGAUCCAAAACCUCGCAUACGCGCUCAUACAGGCAGGUAUACGGCCAGGUGAUCGUGUUGCAGUGAUCGCACCCAACUCGCCAGUGAUAGCAGAGGCACACCAUGGCGUGCUGGCUGCGCGCGGGGUCAUCUGCCCGAUUAAUACGCGCCUCACACACCCGGAGGUGGCGUAUAUCCUCGAGCACAGCGGUGCGAGACUCAUCAUCGUCGACUAUGAGUACACGCACCUUGUGGCGGAUGCGAAGGUGCCAGUCAUCGUGACGCAAGACUCCGGUAAGGCGGGCGACCCUUAUGAGGAUUUCUUGAGCGCGGGUAGACGCUUCAGCAAGGAGCGGGGAUGGACCGGCCUCGAGUGGGAAGGCAACGAAGAUGCACCGGCUGCACUUUGCUAUACGUCUGGGACUACGGGAAGACCGAAGGGCGUGAUCACAACCCUUAGAGGGUCGUAUCUUGCGGCUAUUGCAAACGCAUAUGAGACGGGCAUGAACUCAAAAUCAACAUACCUCUGGAUCCUUCCGAUGUUCCAUGCUUGUGGUUGGACGUACCCGUGGGCCAUCACCUUUUCAUCGGCUGCGCAGAUUACCCUCCGGACCGUCUCGAUGCCACUUAUCUGGAACCACCUCUUGCACUCCGGUGUGACCCACUACUGCGCCGCGCCUACAGUCCAAAUCGGUCUGGUCAAUGACCCGCAAGCGAGAAAAAUUUCAAACCCGGUAACUGCCAUCAUUGCAGGAUCUGCCCCCACUGCGUCGUUGCUGGAAGCCCUUGAGCAAAAGGGUAUCAGGACUGUCCAUGCGUAUGGUCUGACUGAGACAUACGGGCCCUUCACCCGUUGUUACCCGCAACCAUAUUGGGAUUCCCUCUCCGCAGACGACCGAGCGAAGCUCAUGGCGCGCCAAGGUUACAGCUUCGCGACCGCUGAUGACGUGCGCGUCGUGAAUCCACCAGAAGAAGGCGAGAGCUUCGACGUGGAGCUCGUCGACGUGCCUAAGGACGGGAAGACUGUUGGCGAGAUCGUCGUACGCGGUAACAUUGUGAUGAAGGAGUACUUUAACGACCCCGAGGCGACAAGGAAGGCAUUCCGUGGGAAACAUUUCAGCACGGGAGAUCUGGCCGUCAUGCAUCCAGACGGGACGGUCUCGAUCCAGGACAGAAGCAAAGACAUCAUCAUCUCGGGUGGAGAGAACGCGUCCAGUCUCGCAAUAGAACAAGAACUCGCGAGCCAUCCUGAUGUGCUCGAGGUGUCGGUGGUCGCCCGCCCGCACCCGAAAUGGGGCGAGCGCCCGAUGGCAUUUGUGAUCCUGCACCCCCAGCACGCGCAGAAGUGGACGGGCCGCCACGACGAGUUCGGCGAUCACCUGAAGCAGCAUGCGCGUAAGCGUCUCCCGGGCUUCGCCUGCCCGGAGUGGGUCUUGAUUGUGGAAGAACUGCCUAAAACAUCGACCGGGAAGAUCCAGAAGGUUGUUUUACGCAAGAUGAUCGCCAAGUUAUGA